UGACCUUCACUGGCUUUAGACGCAAGCACAUGUUCAUGCACAAGGGCAUAUCUAUAGCUCGUGUUCUGCGCACCCUUGCAUACUUGUGUCCACCAGCAUGGCUUGACAACAGCUGUUCUGUCAACUGUCUCUUCAGUUGCUGUCAACUGAAACACUAAACCAGGAACUGACUUGAGAGGAUGCUGAGGAGACUUGGCUAGUCUAUGACAAACAAUAAUAUUUGGAUCAGGAGGGGUGGACUUAUUAUAUCAUUGAUAUCGCGAUAAGGAGGGGUAGACUAAUUAUAAUAUGCAUAAUAUUAAAAACAGGAGGGUGGGCUUAUAAUUUGAUAUGAGAUGGAGAGGGUUGGCUUGUUAUAAUAACGUUGGUUGAUACCGGGUCGGGUAACGGUUGGCUUGCUAUAAACCGUGCCUGAGAUGGGAGGAAAGUACAGCUGAAUGGGAGGGAGGAUGCCUCAGGGUACCCAAGGCUUCUCUGGGCUCUGUAAAUGUCAGAAAAAGAAUCUUGAAGAGACGCCCUUGGGUUUCUGCGACAUCAAGGCACCGAGAAACACCCCGUGCUUUGGGACUCAGAAUCCUGCGUAUUUAGACAUGGCAUACUUUCCUGACAACGAUCUGCACAUGGCAGCCUGUGCGGGAGAUUUACCUUUUGUGCGGCUGUACUUAAGUCUGGGGAAAUACGAAGUCAAUCACAGAGACAAGGAGAAUAGGAGUGUCCUGCACUUUGCCUGCUUCUAUGGAUAUCUAGACCUGGUGAAAUACCUCUGGAGGCGUGGCUGUGAGAUUAAUACGUGUGACAAUCAUGACAUCACACCCCUGAUGAAGGCUGUCCAAAGCUGGGAAGAGGAAAUCGUGUGUUUUCUGCUAGAGCAUCAUGCUAACCUGCACAUUAAAGACAGCAAUGGUAAUACUGCUCUCCACUAUGCAGUCUAUGGUGGGGAGCCAGCCCUGGCUGCCAGGCUGCUACAGUAUGGAGCAAAUAUUGAGGAAAGAACAAAAAGAUGUAACAGCAAGGAUACAGUUUGUAGAAGUUGCAGCAGAUGCAGCUGCUCUUCCAAGCCUCAGCUUGUCAUCAAUAGCAGCUCGUGUCCCACUGUAGCCAGGAGCUUCUCCUGGAAUCUGAAGAGGCUGCAACAUCAGGAAGGCAGAUCUUCAGGGGAGAGAAAUAAUUAUCGAAGGCUACUAAGGAAGAAACUUCUGGAUCCUAUUAGCCGUACUAUAAUUCAGGAUAACCUCACACCACUACUGCUUGCUCUCAGGGAAGACAGGCUGAAGAUGGCAGAAUAUUUAGUAAGGAUGAAAGCAAGUGUACAUGCAGUUGACUUUCAGAGAAGAACUUCUCUCAUGUAUGCUGUAAGAUGUGAUUCAUCAGUUAUGGUCAAUCUUCUUCUUCAACAAGGUGUUGACAUGAAUUUUAAAGAUUUCUUUGGAUGGACUGCUUUACGUUAUGCUAUUGAAGGUGAUCGUGAGGUGAGGACAAUACUUUUGGAGUAUGAGCGUAACCUAAAACAAAGCUUAAGAGAGAAGAAGAAUUCAGGAUAAUGCUGGCUGUGAGCUUAGGUAGAGUAGAAUGGAUCAAGUCACAAUCGAGGGAAAACCCACCAGAAUAACAACAGCUAAUUUCUCAGUAGAAACUUUAAUCAGUAGAAGAGCCUUGAGGAAUGCACUUCAAGAUCUAAAAGACCGCAGAUGCCAACCUAGAUUACUGUACCCAGCAAAACUAUCUACCAUAGUUGAAGGAGAAUGAGAAACUUCCCAUGAUACAAAUAGGCUAAAACACUUCAAACCCACUGUUGGGCCCCAAAGGCUUGGGUGUGAGGCCCAGCGUAACUUCCCGAGCCUAGCUCGAGUUUGGUGACCUGUCCUGGGACAUGACUUCUGCAUACGAGUGACUCAGCACUACCUGACCAAGAAUCGCCUCUGCCUAAUAACUGCUGAGGUGGCAUCAUCUCAUUGACCCACUAUCCUCAACUCAUCCCGCCUGUCACCCCAACCUAUAUAAGUUCACUCCUGAUGCAAUAAAGCGAGUUCCUGCUUCGACAAGA